UUCAAGCGCGCCUGUCAUCUGACGGCUCCCACGCUUCAUUGUUGACUACUUUCAACUUUCAUUUCGUACCCGGACCUCGUUGCUCAUUAUCUACGACGGCAAGCAAGACGCCGAAUGGCGGCACACAGACCAUCCUCGACACAGCUCCGUGACCGGCUACUGUCAAAUUCUCCUGAUUUCAUUAAAUCUUCCAUUUUGCGGGAAUCGAACAUGGGCUGGAAUUCCCCUCCAACUUCAUCGGACAACACCGCCGCCAGCUCUGCGACGUCUCCACUCAGGAUAUCGAAACGGGAAUCCUCGCCGAAUCUUCGCCCAACACAAGCCGAUCUCGCUAGGAGGUCGUCUUCGAGCUAUAAACACAUGCGAAACAACAACCUCGUAUCUAAAUCUCCUUUUAAAUCCCAGAUACCCACUCCUUCCACUCCUUCUCGCCACACAGCUCUUCCUGUGUCAUUUCCAACCCGACGUGUGUCUGGAGAAAAACGGCCGCGACCACCGUCGAUGCAUGACGAAGCCGAGAACGAGAACGAUAGGCCUUUUGCGUUGAAAAGAGAGAGGAAGCAGUCGAGAACGUUUCAGGGACUUAUACAAAAGGAGCCGGUUACAAAGAGCCCUUUUCGUCAGGCUGUGAGCUCUUCCAACGAUGGUGAUCUCAAACAGAGAAAGGCAUCGCCUCCAGCUGUUCCUCCACCUUCUUCUCGCAUUCCUACUCACUCUGGUGCUUCUCCUGUUCGGCCAUCUCUUGUUACCAAGAGAAUGCACGGUCCCAGACUUAGCGGCGCCAAACGGGAACGGCGUAAGACUGUCACUUUCCACGAAAACUGCGAAGUGGUAGAAUUUUCUCGAGAUGAGGAUGAAAGUGGCGAAGUGUUUGAGAGUGACGAGGAUGAUAACUAUGGAAAUGCUGCCGAGGAUGAUGUAGACUUUUUCGGCGAGGGUAAGAAUGAGGAGACUCCGCAUGACUCGUACGAGGACAUCGAGCUUUCCGACCAAGAACCGGAAGAGCAGUUAGAGCUCGACGCAGACACCAGUAUCACCGGUUUGGUAGACGAAAUCUUCGCUGGCUCUCGUCAAACUAGCACCCCCCCGCGACACCACCCUAAUGAACUCCCUCCUGAUCUUGAAACCGAGGACGGCGUACCUCUUGGUCGGACUCACCACGCAGACCGGGUUAUAAAAUAUCAUCAGGAGCACGAAUCUCAUCUUUUUGUCGAACCCGCUCCGCAUACCAUCGUUCACACUCCCACCUUUCCCAUUCACGCAACGGCCGCUUCCCCGCCUCCUUCUACUCCAUCGCAUCGCAAUCGAUUCUCUUCGCCUCCUCUAGGUCGUUCAACUCACUUCGAGCGUUUGCAAUCUGCGAGGAUAGAGGAGGAAGACAUCGACCGAGAUGUGAAAAUGCUUCCAGACUCCCCUUCACCUAUGAAACCCAGCAGUAAAACUCACGUAGAUGAAGCCAGUAUGGACGGCCUUGUUCCCAAGUUCGAGCUUCCCGGUUACUCUCCGGUCCGAAGAGACUAUCCAACGGGGUCCGAUCCUUUUGCUAUGCCCAACCUACAAGACGAAUCACUUCCACUUGACGCCGGAAGCUUCGUGCAAGAUGACUCAAUAAUGUCUGUAACUACCACUGAACAUUCUGAAGUCAAUAUCAGUGCACUUGAAAAGGAACUUGGGAAUGAGCGUCUCAUUAAUACGUCAAUGGAAGCCUCACCCAUUGACUUAGCUCGCGAAGCUUCAUUCACUCAAGCUGAUAGUCCGGCCUCAGCUCCCGUCCGUCGCUCUCCUCUUCCACCCAUCCCAAGCUCAGUCCCGCAUCGGAUUUCUUCUCCCGCCAUGCGCUCUUCCUCCCCGCUUUCUCCUCGUGGAAGCGUAAGCCCAUUCGCCAGUCCCGUUGGUGCUCGUCCCCGAUCAAACCGCGAUGACGUGCAUAGACGAUUCUUGCGUCCACGAAGCUUCGGGAACGCCAGUCCUAGUGGAAGUCCAAAAAUAAAUGAUGGAGGACGUGGUCUGCGUACGAGUGUUGACAGACAACGAAUUGUCGAUCUAAGCAUUGAGCAUAGCCCAGAACGCGAAGACGAUCACAAGGAGCAGCUCGAUUCGGAAAUUAACUUUGAGCGGGAGACAGAGAAAGACGCAUCGUCUGUUAUGACGACCGUAACGGAGAACUCUGCUGAGAUGGCCACAAUCGAAACGGCGGAAAAGCGAAAAGUCGUCGCUGUCGGGGUCGUUCAAGAGCAUGAGCCUGCUGAAACGGAAGCAAGUAUGGAGGUUACCCACGACGUGACGAUGGAUUUCGAAGUCAAAGGGGAGGAACUUCAAGAGCAGGCGGAGCCUAAUGAACCCGUGCAUCAAGAUCAACCUGAACCUAUCGCUGUUACACAGGCUAUCGAGUUACGCGACCAGAGCUUCAGCGGUGACGAAGUUGAUUCAGGCAUGGACGAUGAUGAUGAUGCUGAUGAUGACGACAACGGCGAGGAAUUUGGACUGUUGAAGGCUCCCGCUUUUACUAAUAGUAAAAAACUCAAGUUCGAUUUGGGGAGCAAAUUUGGAUUGGGCAAGCUAGGAUUUUUAGACCUGGAACUCUCAAGCGAGGAUCUCACCACACCUUCGACUUCAGAUAAAUCUGAUCUCGGCUUUGAUUUCAAUACAAAAUCCUCGAAAGUUCCUCCGAAAUCUGUUCAAAACAUGCCCGUAGGCUCCGUCAACGUACGAAUGGAUAUGCGAAGCGCCCUGGAUCGCCUCAUGGAUGAUGUCGCUAGUGUCGGAGGAAGUACUCUUGAAGAACCGCACGAUAUUUCAAUGACGACCACCGAGGAGGAUGCUCCUAGAUCCCAACUCAUGCAACGCGCUGCAACGGAUUCUAUCGUAGUCGGAAGUCUUGGUCCGCCUCGAGGGUCUUCCGUGCACUCUGCGAUGCCCAGCCGUAAUGCGAGUACGUCAUCGUCCAUUGCACCUCCCCCACCUCCCAAGGAUAACAUUCGUGCACGCGAGGCGAUGAUUAUCGAGAAAAGAAGGAAGAUGCGAAGGAUGGAGGAGGGUGAUGACGAUGACGAUGAUAGGCCUCUGGGUGUAGCGAGAGCACAACUGAGCGUGCCUACCGGGCGUCCUAGUAGGAGGCGAAGUAUGAGUACUGGUGACGCGGAGGAUCUGGGCGCAAAGAGAAGGGGUGUUGCAUUACGAGGACAAGAUUCGCAACUGUCACUCGAUGUGAACACCUCUCCCACUGGCUCAGAUGAUGCACUGAGUGACGAAAUUGAAAAAGAGCUGAAGAAGAAUAUUCAUGGAUCUGAAAAGAAGAAGAAGAAGUAUUUUAUCCGCGAACAUGAAGGGACUAUCUACGCCUCUUCAGACGUCUCUCACAUGGCUGGUCCGGGAGACGUCAACGCAGGAAAGGCAUGGCGUACCGUCCGUAGACCUUCGGAUAUGAAUGAAUACGCUAAACAAAUCAGAGAAUUCAGGAACCAAGAGAAGCCUGGAAAGUCCUAUGGUAAAGUAUUUGUUAAAGUGCUUGGUGCUAAAGGACUUGUGGUUCCCAUGCCUGCGGAGCAGACCGCCGUCUCUUGCACUCUCAACAAUGGAAUUCACUUCGUAACUACUCCUGAUUUCCGCCUAGGCAAAGAUUGUAGAAUCGAACAAGAGUUUGAGCUGAUUGAGCACAGCAAACUUGAAUUCACACUAACGCUCAAAGUUCGUCGCGAUCCUCAUAUUAUUGCUCAAUUCAAGGCUAUUGUUCCUCCUGCUCCUCCCCGUCCACCUCCUAUGGCGGCAAAUCCCUCGUCAUCAUCAAAAAGUAGUGGAAUGCGAAGUUUCUUCCAUUCCUCUCCCAAGAAGAACAAAGACAAGGAUAAGCGACAAAACACCCCGCCUCCGCCUCCCCCUCCGCAGCUUCCACCGCAACGUCUCACAGAGAACCUUGCACGGUACCUCAAACCAGACGGCACCCUUGCGCGUGCGUUUGUCUCAUUCAAGGACAUUGCUGGUCGCUGUGACACGCGGCUCUUUGAAACGACAUUCCCGCUCAUUGGCCAACGGGCUGAGCUAGGAAACAAGUUCUCCACAUUGCAGGUAGGAGAGCUUGUGUUGCAGGUAUUCAGACUCCCGCCGCUUCCUGGUCUUCCGCCAGAAGAACUUCCGCAGAGCUUGGAAGAAUGUCAUCGUGGGCUGAGGCAUGUGAACUGGCAUAAGAUGACUUACUUUGAGGGAACGUUGACACAGAAUGGAGGAGACUGUAGCUCCUGGCGGCGGCGUCGAUUCCGGGUGAUCGGUGCAAAUCUUGUUGCAUUCAACGAUGUGACAAAACGGGUGACUGCUACAAUCAACCUCCGCAACGCCAUCACGGUUGAGGACAACCAGGAUCCACAUAAGCGUGAUGGUGCUGUACGAAGUCCUGCCUCCGGGGCUAGUCUAUACUAUGACGAAUACGAUGGACUGUUCGGGGUAGAGAGGUCUUUCAGGCUAGUGUUCCCCGAGGAGGAAAUUCUGUUUUUCGCAGACACGGAUGAGGAGAAGGCUAAAUGGCUGGAGAUUCUGAAUGCGCUGGUAGGGCACAUUCCUCCCCAUCCACUGUGGGCCGAGUUACUUUGGCAGAGACAAGAAGAUCUCAACAAAGUAAAGAGAGCGCAACCUCAGGCCGCGAAUCCUGCCCCCGGUCCUAGCAGACAAACAUGAUUCAUUCUAGUCCGAGGCUGCCGCCAAUGUUGUUGGGACUGCUCUGCAUUCGAUUUCUUGUACAUUUGUCCUCUAUCUGCUUUC